AUGUGAGAUCGAUGCGCAGUUGAUGUCCGAAAAAAGUCGAUCUAUUUGAAUUAUUAAGCGGAUCGUUGAUGCCCACACACGUUAUAUACUAGAAACUGAACGACACUCUUUCCAAAUCAAAAGUCAUGCUUAACGUCACCAACGUUAUUAAAAACUCUUACUUAGUGACGACAAUUUGCGCGCUCUCACCCAUUUUGAUCCCAUCUGUUGGACUUUUUAUUUUAGUUAAAGUAAUGAAAACUUUUCAAAAAGAGCAUGAAACACUUGAAACUCUAUCUGUGUAUGAGAAAAGGCCCGGUCAAGCACAAAGGUUUCUCGCUCGCGUGAACAAGAACUUCAGGUGGCCCACUUCAAUGCCGGAAUACAUUAGAAGGGGUACGUUUAUGGAUAUCACCGACAAUGACGAUGAAGAGUUUGGGUUAGAAGUUGGGCUUAAUUACUUAUUUUUCUACAACGCACUUGACAACGGUGAAUUUGCUGAACAUAAAAAUGAGUGGGUGACAGUACACAAACAGAGAGCAGUACAGUAUGGGCAGAUGUAUGACGAUGAUAGUCUGAGCUACAUUCUUGAAGUUAUGCCUGGCGCUGUCCAACUUCCGGUCGACCAGACAAAACUGCCACGUAAUCCACCGGCGAAGAUGGUGACAGUUCAGCGUGUAAACAAUGGCAACGACUACAAGGUUUGAAUAUGCACUUAAUUAUAUAUUUAGGAUAUUUCAUUAUGAAAUUUAGUACUUUUAAAGAUAUAUCCAUGUACUGUAGUUUCAAGUUAACUUAAAUAAAAUUUUCAAAUAAAGGUCAGGGUUCGUGUCAGAAGACCGAGUGAUGGA